AUGCUUCCAGCUUGUAGCUAUUCAUUUGAGAAUGCAGACUGCUCCGGCCAUGAUCUCUCCCAUUCCCACCUCAACCGAGCAGCGUGCCGGGCAGCAUGCAGUAGGCUAACCGAGUGUAAAUCCUUCCAACAACGUGGCAACGAUUGUUGGCUAAAGGAUCACGUGUGCACUAAGAAACAGCUUUCCAACGUGGGCCACAAGACCUUUGCUCAAUUCACAAAGCACUGUGGAGGUUCGCCAUCAACGGAGCACACAGGUUGCAGCUAUUCAUUUGAGAAUGCAGACUGCUCCGGCCAUGAUCUCUCCCAUUCGCACCUCAACCGGGCAGCGUGCCAGGCGGCAUGCACCAGGCGAACCGACUGUAAAUCCUUCCAACAACGUGGCAACGAUUGUUGGCUAAAGGAUCACGUGUGCACUAAGAAACAGCUUUCCAACGUGGGCCACAAGACCUUUGCUCAAUUCACAAAGCACUGUGGAGCUUGUAGCUAUUCAUUUGAGAAUGCAGACUGCUCCGGCCAUGAUCUCUCCCAUUCCCACCUCAACCGAGCAGCGUGCCGGGCGGCAUGCAGUAGGCUAACCGAGUGUAAAUCCUUCCAACAACGUGGCAAAGAUUGUUGGUUAAAGGAUCACGUGUGCACUAAGAAACAGCUUUCCAACGUGGGCCACAAGGCCUUUGCUCAAUUCACAAAGCACUGUGGAGGUUCGCCAUCAACGGAGCACACAGGUUGCAGCUAUUCAUUUGAGAAUGCAGACUGCUCCGGCCAUGAUCUCUCCCAUUCGCACCUCAACCGGGCAGCGUGCCAGGCGGCAUGCACCAGGCGAACCGACUGUAAAUCCUUCCAACAACGUGGCAACGAUUGUUGGCUAAAGGAUCACGUGUGCACUAAGAAACAGCUUUCCAACGUGGGCCACAAGACCUUUGCUCAAUUCACAAAGCACUGUGGAGCCACAGCCCAAACAGAACUAACAAAGUCCAACCUUAAGAAAGGAGGUAAAUUUGACUUGAAAUCUGUCUUCAAGGGACUGACAUCGUGUCCUGAAGGAACAAAGCCGGAAGGAGGCGCCUGUGAAAUUACACACUAUCGGAUUUUCAUCACUUGGUUGAAAGAGCACGCGAAAACCUACCAUAUAGACUUUGCAAGUCUUCCAAUCGCUACAUCCCCAACAGAACUAACAAAGUCCAACCUUAAGAAAGGAGGUAAAUUUGACUUGAAAUCUGUCUUCAAGGGACUGACAUCGUGUCCUGAAGGAACAAAGCCGGAAGGAGGCGCCUGUGAAAUUACACACUAUCGGAUCUUCAUCACUUGGUUGAAAGAGCACGCGAAAACCUACCAUAUAGACUUUGCAAGUCUUCCAAUCGUAACCACCACGACAGUGACUUCCACAACCAGCGAAUUCUCCGCGGGCCAGCGAUUUCAAAUUGCUAUGUUUAGAGGUCAUUGCCCAAGCGGUACCAAGACCGUGGGGAAAUUCUGUGAAGUCACUGAUGUCGACAAGUUUCUUGCAUGGUUAAAGGUGAACGCCAAGGCUUAUGGCAUUGAAUAUCGCGUUGAGAAUACUGAGGAACCUGGGGAAAUUGAGGAACCUGCUGGUGGUUCCACAACAACUUACACUACUACAACCACCACUGGGGGCAGUUUUGCCGUCGGCGAUGCCAUCCCCAAGGAUGUGUUCCAGGGAACUUGUGUAUCCGGCACUGCAGCCGAAGGUGACAACUGCGUCGUCAAUGAUGCUGAGAAAUUCUCGGCAUGGGUAAAGAAAAACGGUAAAUGUGGUAUAGUAUUUCUCGUCGAAGAAUAGAGUUCCCUCGAUACUAAUACUCUGGACUCAUUGCUCUAAGACAUUUUUGGAAUAUGCAAGCCAAGCCCCCAUAGAUAUAAUGCUUUUUGUCGUUCGAUGCCAUUCAACAUUGUUUAAUCGAGAUACAAAGUUGUCUAACAUUUCUGAUGGUCAUGACAUCAUGUCCUGCCCUUGGCAUUUUUUUGUGUCGACUUCACAGCAAGGGUUCAGAAUCACAUGCAGAUAUGCCCCGAGCCAGUCAGAUAUG